UGAGCCACCGGGGGGCUGAGGCCGCGCCAACUACAUGCAUGUCCCCCGGGGGCAAGUUCGACUUUGACGACGGGGGCUGCUACGUGGGGGGCUGGGAGGCGGGGCGGGCACAUGGCUACGGCGUGUGCACGGGGCCCGGCGCCCAGGGCGAGUACAGCGGCUGCUGGGCGCACGGCUUCGAGUCACUGGGCGUCUUCACGGGGCCCGGCGGACACAGCUACCAGGGCCACUGGCAGCAGGGCAAGCGCGAAGGGCUGGGCGUGGAGCGCAAGAGCCGCUGGACGUACCGCGGCGAGUGGCUGGGCGGGCUGAAGGGGCGCAGCGGCGUGUGGGAGAGCGUGUCCGGCCUGCGCUACGCCGGGCUCUGGAAGGACGGCUUCCAGGACGGCUACGGCACCGAGACCUACUCCGACGGAGGCACCUACCAGGGCCAGUGGCAGGCGGGGAAGCGCCACGGCUACGGGGUGCGCCAGAGUGUGCCCUACCAUCAGGCGGCGCUGCUGCGCUCGCCCCGCCGCACCUCCCUGGACUCCGGCCACAGUGACCCCCCGACGCCGCCCCCGCCCCUGCCCCUGCCCGGCGACGAAGGAGGCAGCCCGGCCUCUGGCUCCCGGGGAGGCUUCGUGCUGGCCGGGCCCGGGGACGGUGACGGCGCGUCCUCCCGAAAGCGCACCCCCGCGGCUGGCGGGUUCUUCCGCCGCUCGCUACUGCUCAGCGGGCUCCGGGCGGGCGGGCGCCGAAGCUCCUUGGGCAGCAAGCGGGGCUCCCUGCGCAGCGAGGUGAGCAGCGAGGUGGGCAGCACGGGACCCCCGGGUUCCGAGGCCAGCGGGCCCCCGGCCCCAGCGCCGCCCGCCCUCAUCGAGGGUUCGGCCACUGAGGUGUAUGCGGGCGAAUGGCGCGCCGACCGGCGCAGCGGCUACGGCGUGAGCCAGCGCUCCAACGGGCUACGCUACGAGGGCGAGUGGCUGGGCAACCGGCGGCACGGCUACGGGCGCACCACCCGCCCCGACGGCUCCCGCGAGGAGGGCAAGUACAAGCGCAACCGGCUGGUGCACGGGGGGCGCGUGCGCAGCCUCCUCCCUCUGGCCCUUCGCCGGGGCAAAGUCAAGGAGAAGGUGGACAGGGCGGUCGAGGGUGCUCGUCGAGCCGUGAGCGCUGCCCGCCAGCGCCAGGAGAUCGCCGCUGCCAGGGCAGCAGACGCCCUUCUCAAGGCAGUGGCAGCCAGCAGCGUUGCCGAGAAGGCUGUGGAGGCAGCUCGAAUGGCUAAACUGAUAGCCCAAGAUCUGCAGCCGAUGUUGGAAGCCCCAGGCCGCAGACCCAGACAGGACUCUGAAGGUUCCGACACCGAGCCCCUGGAUGAGGACAGCCCUGGGGUAUACGAGAAUGGACUGACCCCCUCAGAGGGCUCCCCUGAACUGCCCAGCAGUCCUGCCUCCUCCCACCAACCCUGGCGACCCCCUACCUGCCGGAGCCCACUGCCUUCUGGAGGGGACCGGGGUCCCUUCUCCAGCCCCAAAGCUUGGCCUGAGGAGUGGGGGGGCCCGGGUGAGCAGGCAGAGGAACUAGCUGGCUAUGAGGCUGAGGAUGAGGCUGGGAUGCAAGGGCCAGAGCCCAGAGAUGGCUCCCCACUCCUUGGAGGCUGCAGCGACAGUUCUGGAAGUCUUCGAGAGGAGGAGGGGGAGGAUGAAGAGCCCUUUCCCCAGCUGAGCACGCCAGGGGGCUCGGAGCCAGAGCCUGCAGCCUUGCCAGUCCUGAGGGGCCUGUCCUCGAGGAGUCCUGAAGCCGGGUGCCUGGUGGAAGAGGCUGAGGAGGCUACUGCAACGGAGAGGCCCGCCCAGCGGGGAGCUGCCAACCCGCUGGUGGUGGGAGCCGUGGCCCUCCUGGACCUCAGCCUGGCAUUCCUGUUCUCCCAGCUCCUCACCUGAGGCACCUGCCUGGCCUAGUUCUGGCUUUGGUCGCUGCCUCUUCAUUCCUCUGACCUGCCUUUUCUCUCUUUUUCUUCCCCCUGGUUGUUUUUUUCUCCUGUCUUUCUUUCUCUUCUCCCUUCACUUUCUCUUCUGUCCCUCUCUGGUUUUACCUCUUGCUUUUUCUUUCCCUCUCUCCUUUUAGAUUCUCUCAUUCCCUUUGGCUCUGUCUCUGUCUUUCCCGCUCCCUUCCCUACCAAACCCUUCUCUCUCUAGAUUGUUUACAUACGAAGGGCUUUUCUCGCUCAGAGUCUCUUCUCUGAGACACACAAUUCUAAGUCAGACCAUUGCCCCCACACCCUCCCUGGCCUUUUCUUUAGACCUGAAUUUGGAUGAGGGUGGGGGUUUGGUGUCCUGAGGAGUCUCCUGGAAGCUGAGUGGAAAGGAGGACCAUGGGGAAGGGGUACACUGGAUACUGGAGAAGACUGCCAACUGGGCGAGGCGCUGGCCAUGCUGCUAGGACUCCCCGACCCAAGGAGCCUGGUGUCCCUCUGAAGCCUAGUGACAAAUCUGGAAGGGGUGCAGCCGCCAUCUCUGACCUCGGAGGAGCCUACCUCACCUCCAAGCACUGAGCUAGGUUCUUGCCAAACUCCAUGCUUCCCUGAAGGAGAUAAGGGAAAUGAAAAGCAGAACAGCUCCCAAGCAUCUUCUCCCUCUUCCUUUCCCCAACAGCCAGCCUCUCACCCAACCCCCUCGGGUGGCAUGCCAUGUCAAGAGCAAUGUGAAAAGGAAAGAUAGUGUCCCAUGCAGCCAAGCCCACCCACUGAUCUCUCCCACCUCUCUCUCUCCCCCUAAAAGUUUAUUUGGUUGGUCUGGACUCACGUGUGGCCUUUGAUUAAAUUCCUAAGGGACCUGAAGAAGACAUUUCUACUGCAGAGCAAGGACCCCACUCCCCAACUCUGGCAGUAGUGGCGGGGGGAGGCAGUUCUGGAAAAUGAACCACAUAAGACAAUAAGGAACUCACAGGGCAGGAGAAGCUGGUCAGUAGUUUCUAAGUGGGUUAGAUCCCUUCCCCCAUCAUAUGUGAAAUGGGAAAACAACACGAAGGAGGGGAUCAAAGGAAGCCAAUCUCUCACACACUUUCCAGGCAGAGCAGAGGUGAGAGUCAAACUGGGGUGAAAGGUGGGUAGAGAGCCCUGUUGGAGGUUGUGGCUGAUCCCUGGUACUAGCUUUUCCCCUGGGGACAGGAAGCCCUAGGAAGAGGGGGCUUGAGGGUCCCCAGGGGAUCUUUCCUCCCUUCCCUGCAUGAGGCAGAGAGCAAGCUGCCUGCCAACCCCCUCCCUCAAGGAAUGGCCUUGCCUGGGAAUGCCCACCACACACAAACUCUUCUUUUUUUUCUAGUUAAACUCUGUUUACUCCUUGGCCUGCCUCCCUCCUUCCUCCCCUCUCAACCUUUACUUCUGAUUUCUAUUUCAUGGAAUUUGGGAUUGACGUUAAACUACAACAGUGCCGCCAACACCAAGUCUU